AUGAAGAUCCUCACGAAGGAAGAAGAAGAUGCUCAUUACAGGGCUGUCCUCCGUGGAGGAACAGUCGGUACAGUCGUUGGUCUCGUAGGAGGCACCGCCGCCCUCCUAGCCGCCUCCAAGCGCGUCCCAACCAUCAAAAACCUCACGCUCCCCAUGAAAGCCUUCCUCGUCACCUCCUCCGGCACAUUCUUGGGCAUCAUCGUCGCCGACCACAGCUCCCGCUCCUUCGAAGCCUCCCAACACCACGAACAUGCCUUCCUCGGCGAGCGCGAAGCCCGUCUCCGCAAGGAAGAGCUGGCCACCAUGUCUACCACAGACCGCAUGUGGGAAUUCAUCCGCAAGGAGAAAUAUAAGAUUAUGACCGUGUCGUGGGCAGCGAGUAUGAUUGCCGCCUGGGCCAUGGUGAGCCGGAACACGGCCCUGACCAAGGGCCAGAAGAUCGUGCAGGCCCGUGUGUAUGCCCAGGGCCUGACCUUGGCGGUCAUGUGUGGCACGGCAGCGAUGGAGAUUAGUGAUCAGCGGAGGGGCAAGGGCUUGCUGGAUAAGAUGAAGGAGAAGCAGGCGCAGACGAAGCAGGCGAAGCAGAAGGAGCGGUAUCAGGGCGAGGAGCUGUGGAAGGAUAUGGUUGAGGCGGAGGAGGAGAGGUUGAAGGAGAAGGAUGCUCAGAAGCGGAAGAUGGAGCAGAAGCAAUGA